GCCAAUCCAAGCCUUCUGUCUAAUGCUAUUUAUAUUUGUUUUUGCUUCCUCUUUCCAAUUCUACCUUACCGCUCUCCUAUUGUUUUCUUCUCGCGCUAACAGUCACCGACGAAAAAACCGGUCAAAAGACUUCUCAACUGUGAAUCGCGAUUACCUCGACGGGGAAUCAUCGGAAUCUGGAAGCCUCUCCUUCUAUAAACAAUACAUCACGACCUGACCAUGAAUCCAGAGUAUGAUUAUUUGUUCAAGCUCCUUCUCAUUGGUGAUUCUGGUGUUGGCAAAUCCUGUCUUCUUCUAAGAUUUGCUGAUGAUUCAUAUAUUGAGAGUUAUAUAAGCACCAUUGGGGUCGACUUUAAAAUACGUACCGUGGAGCAAGAUGGGAAAACCAUAAAACUCCAAAUCUGGGAUACUGCUGGGCAAGAAAGAUUUAGAACAAUUACCAGCAGCUACUACCGCGGGGCACAUGGUAUCAUAGUUGUUUAUGAUGUGACAGACCAAGAAAGCUUCAACAAUGUCAAGCAGUGGCUCAAUGAAAUUGAUCGAUAUGCUAGUGAUAAUGUGAACAAACUUCUGGUUGGAAACAAGUCUGAUCUCACUGCAAAUAAAGUAGUGUCAUACGAGACAGCAAAGGCUUUUGCUGAUGAGAUUGGCAUACCUUUCAUGGAAACUAGUGCAAAAGAUGCCACUAAUGUGGAACAAGCUUUCAUGGCCAUGGCUGCUGCAAUCAAGGAUAGAAUGGCGAGCCAACCAGCCAUGAACAACGCAAAACCUUCAACUGUGCAGCUCAGAGGACAGCCUGUUGAACAAAAGGGAGGCUGCUGCUCGUCUUGAGCCAGUAGAAGUAUUGAUGAGUUUUCUGUGCCUUGUCCAUUGGCUCAACCAUUACCUGUAAGAGACCUUUUCUUCUUCUUUAUUCUCAUGCACUUAAAACCUGAUUUGAAGCCGAACAAUGUUAUUAAUUUCCCUCCUUUUAAGUCUCUGUAAACUGUUUCAAGGUCGGUUAUUUAAACACAUUUGGGCUUGUACAAAGCAGUAAUAGUAUUCCACAUUGUUCCUCAUGUGACCCAUUCUUUUAAA